AAAUUAACGACACCGUAGAAGAAGAACCAGCUCCAGGAAGGAGCUGAAUGAAUGAAUUGUGCUAAUAAAUCGCGCACUUGAAUCAAACAACAUUGUUUUGUGAGUAUUGAAGGUUACAGUUUAGCGUAAUAAUGUCAGGGAUACCUCCAGAUACAUGGCAGCCGCCCACCGUAGCACUGGAGACAACGAUGGGGACAGUUGUCGUGGAGCUGUACUGGAAUCAUGCACCGAACACCUGCAAAAACUUCGCAGAGCUCUCCAGAAGAGGCUACUACAACAACACAAAGUUUCACCGGAUAAUCAAAGACUUCAUGGUGCAGGGUGGAGAUCCUACGGGAACAGGUCGAGGUGGUGCCUCCAUAUUUGGUAAACAGUUUGAGGAUGAACUGAAUCCAGAGCUGAAAUUCACAGGAGCUGGAAUUCUGGCGAUGGCCAAUGCUGGACCAGACACGAACGGAAGUCAGUUCUUCCUUACUCUUGGACCCACUCAGUGGUUAGAUGGAAAGCACAGUAUUUUUGGAAGAGUCUGCCAGGGGAUGGGAGUGCUGAACCGGAUUGGCAUGGUGGAGACAAACGCCCAAGAUCGUCCAGUUGAUGAUAUUAAAAUAGUCAGAACCACUGUACCCAAUUAGAUGAUUUUUUUUUUUUUACUUUUUGUACAUUAAUUCUUUUUUUUUUAUGGAAAUUGAAUAAAA